AAGCUGGGGCAGCGCUGAGGGGGCGGAGGGGCUGGGCGGGCGGAGGUUGCGGGUAGGGUGCGCGCGGCGGGCAGAGGGUGGAGCCGCAGCCGGGGCCGACGGCCGCACUCGGAUCUGGAGCCCGCGCGCUGUUCGCGAUUCGCCCCUGAGGAACCUAGAAAGAUUCUGCAAUGAAUGGUGGUACUCAGGCCGCAGUGGUGACCUCACCACCCCCGACCACAGCCCCUCACAAAGAGAGGUACUUUGACAGGGUGGAUGAGAACAACCCAGAAUAUUUGCGAGAGAGGAACAUGGCACCAGACCUUCGCCAGGACUUCAAUAUGAUGGAGCAAAAAAAGAGGGUGUCCAUGAUUCUGCAAAGUCCUGCUUUCUGUGAAGAAUUGGAAUCAAUGAUACAGGAACAGUUAAAGAAGGGGAAGAAUCCCACAGGCCUGUUGGCAUUACAGCAGAUUGCAGAUUUUAUGACUGCAAAUGCACCGAAUGUCUAUCCAGCAGCUCCACAAGGAGGGAUGGCCGCCUUGAACAUGAGUCUUGGUAUGGUGACUCCUGUGAAUGACCUUAGAGGAUCUGAUUCUAUUGCCUAUGAUAAAGGAGAGAAAUUAUUGCGGUGUAAAUUGGCAGCAUUUUACAGAUUAGCAGAUCUCUUUGGAUGGUCUCAGCUUAUCUACAAUCAUAUCACAACCAGAGUGAGCUCCGAGCAGGAACACUUCCUCAUUGUACCUUUUGGGCUUCUCUACAGUGAAGUGACUGCAUCCAGCUUGGUGAAAAUCAAUCUCCAAGGAGAUGUUGUAGAUCGUGGCAGCACUAACCUAGGAGUGAAUCAAGCUGGCUUCACAUUACACUCUGCGGUUUAUGCUGCACGACCAGACGUGAAGUGUGUCGUGCAUAUUCACACACCAGCUGGGGCCGCAGUGUCUGCAAUGAAAUGUGGCCUCUUGCCAAUCUCCCCAGAGGCACUUUCCCUUGGAGAAGUGGCUUAUCAUGAUUAUCAUGGGAUUCUGGUUGAUGAGGAGGAAAAAGUUUUAAUUCAGAAAAAUCUGGGGCCUAAAAGCAAGGUUCUUGUUCUCCGGAAUCAUGGGCUUGUAUCUGUUGGAGAGAGCGUUGAAGAGGCCUUCUAUUACAUCCAUAACCUCGUUGUUGCAUGUGAGAUCCAGGUCAGAACUCUGGCCAGUGCAGGAGGGCCGGACAACUUAGUCCUCCUGGAUCCUGGGAAGUACAAAGCCAAGUCCCGCUCCCCGGGAUCCCCAGCAGCAGAGGGCGCCGGACUGCCUCCCAAGUGGCAGGUUGGCGAGCAGGAAUUCGAAGCCCUCAUGCGGAUGCUCGAUAAUCUGGGUUACAGAACUGGCUACCCUUAUCGAUACCCUGCUCUGAGAGAGAAAUCAAAAAAAUGCAGCGAUGUGGAGGUUCCUGCUAGCGUCACAGGUCCCUCCUUUGCUAGUGACGGUGAUUCGGGCACUUGCUCCCCUCUCAGACACAGUUUUCAGAAGCAGCAGCGAGAGAAGACAAGAUGGCUGAACUCUGGCCGGAGCGAUGAUGCUUCUGAGGAGGGCCAGAAUGGAAGCAGUCCCAAGUCGAAGACUAAGGUGUGGACGAACAUUACACACGAUCACGUGAAACCCUUGCUGCAGUCUCUCUCGUCCGGUGUCUGCGUGCCAAGCUGUAUUACCAACUGCUUGUGGACUAAAGAGGAUGGACAUAGAACUUCCACCUCUGCUGUCCCCAACCUGUUUGUCCCAUUGAACACUAAUCCCAAAGAGGUGCAGGAGAUGCGGAACAAGAUCCGAGAGCAGAACCUACAGGACAUCAAGACGGCUGGCCCCCAGUCCCAGGUCUUGUGUGGUGUAGCGAUGGACAGGAGCCUUGUCCAGGACGCACCCCUCUCUGACUGCACGGAAACAAUCGAAGGGCUCGAGCUUACAGAGCAGACCUUUAGUCCUGCUAAAUCUCUGUCUUUUAGAAAGGGGGAGCUGGUGACAGCCUCCAAGGCCAUCAUCGAGAAGGAGUACCAGCCCCACGUCAUCGUGAGCACCGCGGGCCCCAACCCCUUCACCACGCUCACCGACCAGGAGCUGGAGGAGUACCGCAGGGAGGUGGAGCGGAAGCAGAGGGCUCCGGAAGAGAAUCUGGACGAGACUGGAGAUCAGAAAGAAAGGAGUCCUCCCGAGCACCCAGAUGCCCCCCACACUCCCCCAAGCACCCCUGUCAAGCUUGUGGAAGACCUGCUGCGGGAGGCGACUUCCAGGGGCGACACUGAUGCCGCCACCUUCAAGCCGACUCUUCCCGACCUGUCCCCUGAAGAGCCUUCAGAAGCGCUUGGCUUCCCGACACUGGAGGAGGACGAGGGGGAGGAGGAGGGGCUUGGCGGGGCCCAUGGCCCUCCAGGCCCUGCCAGGCCCCCCACAGUGGCCAGCCCAGGGCCAGCCCCAGCCCAGGUGGCCGAAGAGGCUGUCUCCCCAGCUGCCGAGGAGGGGGCUGCUGGGGACCCUGGCAGCGAUGGGUCUCCAGGCAAGUCCCCAUCCAAAAAGAAGAAGAAAUUCCGUACCCCCUCCUUCCUGAAGAAGAGCAAGAAGAGGAGCGACGCCUGAGGGCCCGUCCUGCACAAGCCGACGCCACCAGACUGUCCCCGCGUGUGUCCUGUGCUCUGCCUUCCCAUGUAAAGGAAUGCAAAUGCCCACAUAGCUAGAGCUCCCCUCGUGAUGUGGCCAGACCCCCGUGUAGCCCGGUGCUGACCUCGUGUGCGCGCAGUGGGCCUCCUGCCCGGCCGCACCCCUGGGCCUCACCCUCAGGUUCUGGGGGAGCCUUGGUCUCCGUGUCCUCCUCUGCGGUGCUUGUCGGCGGCAGCAGCGCAGCCCAUUGCCUGCUCCGCAGGGACGUGCUCCCCCCGGGGUGCUACGCCAUGGUUCCGGCUGGACAGUCGGAGGCCCUGCCGGCUCUGGCCCCCCCCUCUCCUGUUGUGAGGUAACCCCUUCCUCUGCUGUGCUCCCCUUCAUCCUCACGCCUCAGGUGACUGAAUCAGGCUCACAGCUUCCUACUGGCAUUAUCUGCUCAGUGAUGUCAUUUUGUUUGUACCCACAAAGCCUCAGUCCUGUGAAAACACUCAUGUGCCCAACAGCCAGGGCACUGUGGCGCCUAAGAGGAGGGCGUGGGCUAAGCUGGAAACCCCAGCAGCAAGUGGGCCUGUGUGCACCCAACACAGCCCGUGUGUGGUCUGAUUACCCUGCGGCCAAGACGGGUUCAGGGGCUCACAGCUUUACUCUUUGGAGUCUCUAGAUGCCAGUCAUGGGGAAGGUAAAUCAGGAGAGGGAAGAGUCUUGUCUAGAAUUUUCUUUGUUUUAGACUGAACAUGAGCAGGCCACUCUGCGCGUGUGUGGAGCUGGCUGCCGGCUGCAGCAAAGCACCGCUCACCGGGAUGGCGAGCUGGGGGGAGGGGCUGAGAGGGGAUGCCCCCACCUGAACUCAGCUGGGAAGAUGCCCUGCUUUUGGUAAAAGCCAGUUCCAGGUAGAGGUCGGCCCUGGUGGCCCUGUCUGCGCCGCCCCGAUGCCCUUCGCCAGUCACUCGAGGAGCUGUUACCGGUUCUUGUUUGACGCUGGUGUGCACUGUCACUUAGCUCAGAUCCCUGGGACGCAGCAGGAAGCUGUGUAAUGGGAACUAGCAGGUGGCUCAGGGGCUCCUCAAGGGUGACCCAGUCCAGGAGCUGCCCGGUGCCAGCCUGAUUAGCCCCCUAGGGUGGCGGGGUGCUUGAUGGACCUGGUACCAUACGGACUGAGGUCCCAGACUAAACCGAGCAGGACCUGAGGCUGGCUGCAUGGCCCUGCCCCCUGCUUUUCUCCUGCGUGUCGUUUUGUUGCUGAGGUGGUGAGGAAAUUUCACCAUCACCCUGUACUUCAGUUAACCGUGGGCUCUUCCUGUCAGCCUUCCUUUUACCCCACACAGGCAGUGACUUUAAUUUCACUUUUGUAGUUCAUUUUAACUCUUUGUAUUACAACAUAAGUGUAGUCACAUAUAUGGACACAGGCUUGGGAGGACAGGUCCUGUGUCUUUUCUUCACUGUAACACAUUUUACUCACGAAUAAAAUUCUUUAAGCAGUUCCUUGU